AUGCUCAGUAAAAAGCCUUUCCAAAGUUCCAGGGAAUCAGUUGCAGUUUCACAAGGUGUGCUAUCGUCAUCCCAGGAUGAUACUGCACAAGAACUAACAGACGCCGAGGUGGCGCGACUGAUGCGGCAGCACCUUAACAUUCUCUCGACAAAUCAGGGCGCAUCCGAAGCUGAAGUGGUCAAAGCAGCGAAGACUUUGCAAAUGCGUUUUCUGCCACCCCUAGCAGGUUCUCUUCAACUUCCAAAGACAGAAGACCAAGGCAAAGAGACACUGCAACAUGGAGGGUUGGAAGGGAACAAGGGAGUCCCCAAAAUGCAAGCUGAUUGUGAAGGGGAUUCCGCUGCACGCCUUUCUGCAAAGGAUAUGACACUAGGAUCUUCGGAGGCCGCUUGCAUUUGGCUCAGAGAUAGUCGUCUUGAUUGCCUUGGCUCCGUGGGUGGGAGCCCAGCAAGCGACGUCGAGCAUGGCAUGACAGGGUUGCAGCUCUCGCAGAGUCAAGAUCCCCAUGCAGUGGAGGUGGGCGAAACUGCUGCCAAUUUUCAACAGGCGUCAGUGGAUGUCACAACGAUUCUCCAGUGUGAUAUGAAUCAUACGUUAGCCCGUGAGGACAGUGAGCAGCCCAGAAAGAAGGUAUGCCUGGAGUUGCAUGGCCUGUCCACCUGA